GGUCGGAACCCCCUGGUUGGGUCCCCCGAGGGUGGGAAGCCCCCUUCGCUGAGCGCCGGCGUCCCGGCGGCGCAGAUCCAGCAGUUCUCCAAGAAGGAGAUCGAGGACCUGCUGCGCAAGGGCGCCUACGCCGCCAUCAUGGACGAGGACGACGAGGGCGCCAAGUUCUGCGAGGAGGACAUCGACCAGAUCCUGCUGCGCAGGACCACCACCAUCACCAUCGAGAGCGAGGGCAAGGGCUCCACCUUCGCCAAGGCGAGCUUCGUGGCGUCGGAGAACCGCCCGGACAUCGCACUGGACGACCCCAACUUCUGGCAGAAAUGGGCCAAGAAGGCCGACCUGGACCUGGAGCUGCUCAACAGCAAGAACACUUUGGUGAUCGACACGCCGCGGGUGCGGAAGCAGACGCGCCACUUCAGCACCCUGAGGGACGACGACCUGGUGGAGUUCUCCGACCUGGAGAGCGACGACGACCUGGAGCAGCGGCUGGAGCGCGGCGGCGGCGGCAACGCCCGCGGCACCCGCCGGCACCACCACCACCACCAGCCCCCCCCUCCCCAGCAGGGCACGGGGGGCCCCUACGGCCGCACCGACUGCUUCCGCGUCGAGAAGAGCCUCAUGGUCUACGGGUGGGGCCGCUGGCGGGAGAUGGUGGCGCAGGGCCGGUUCAAGCGGCGGCUGUCGGAGCGGGACGUGGAGAGCAUCUGCCGGGCCAUCCUGCUCUUCUGCCUCCUGCACUUCCGCGGCGACGAGAGCGUGCGGGCCUUCGCCUGGGCCCUCGUCGCGCCCCCCGAGAACGGCCGCGCCCGCCCGCCCCACGCCCACGCCGGCCCCUCCCCCGUCCCGAUCCCGCGGGGCCGGAAGGGGAAGAAGCCGAAGCCCCUCCCCCCCCUGGACCCCCCCCAGGCCGAGUGGCUGCGGAGACACAACCCCGAGGGGCUGUUCCAGGACGAGGGCUACCGGAAACACCUCCGGCACCAGUGCAACAAGGUGCUGCUGAGGGUGCGGAUGCUCCACUUCCUGCACCACGACGUCGUCGGGGACGAGGCCCCCAAGGUGCUCGCGGGGACCCCCGCCAGUGAAAUCCGAGUCUGGGUGCCCCUGGUGGAGCAGCUGGAGGUGCCCUCGGCCUGGUGGGACCCCGAGGCCGACAAGUCGCUGCUCUUGGGGGUCUUCAAGCACGGCUACGAGAGGUACCACACGAUGAGGGGG